AUGAGCGACAGCGCAGCGGCGCCGCCGCCCAGCGACAACGCGGCCGACGCCGCGGCGCACCCGCCGCCGAGCGUCGACCACGAGGCCGCAAGCGUCGAGACGGCGGCUGCGACCGCUGCAGUCGAGUCGAAGGAGGACAUGCGCAACGAGAGCACGGGGAUCACUGUCGGCGACUCGGCGCACACGUUGGCCGACGGGAAAACAAUCCAUUAUUCGGCCGAGCGGAUCAUUGGGAACGGAUCGUUUGGCGUUGUGUUUCAGGCCAAAGUGGAAGAAACGGGCGAGAUUGUCGCGAUCAAGAAGGUGCUGCAGGACAAGCGCUUCAAGAACCGAGAACUGCAGAUCAUGCGGCAGCUGCAUCAUGUGAACAUUGUGCAGCUCAAGCACUGUUUCUACUGCAACGGGGAGAAGCCAGAUGAACUGUAUCUCAACUUGGUACUGGAGUACAUUCCCGACACAGUCUACGGCGUGGCAAGGCAAUUGCAGAAGGCGAAGCAGUACAUGCCCGUGGUGCUCGUGAAGCUCUACAUCUACCAAAUCUGCCGCUCGCUGGCGUACAUCCACUCAAUGGGCAUCUGUCACCGCGAUAUCAAGCCGCAGAACUUGUUGCUGGACCCCAAGUCGCAUGUGGUAAAGCUUUGCGAUUUUGGAAGCGCCAAAGUGCUGCAGAAGAAUGAGCCAAAUGUGUCGUACAUCUGUUCGCGUUACUACCGCGCACCGGAACUUAUCUUUGGCGCUACGGAUUAUACGACAGCUAUUGACAUCUGGUCUCUAGGUUGCGUGUGCGCCGAGCUGCUUCUCGGCCAGCCUUUGUUUCCUGGCGAGAGUGGUGUGGAUCAACUGGUGGAAAUUAUCAAGGUUCUGGGUACGCCGCAGCGCGAGGAGAUCGAAGCGAUGAAUCCGAGCUACACGGAGUUUCAGUUUCCACAGAUAAAGGCGCAUUCCUGGAGCAACAUCUUUCGCUCGAGGACUUUUCCUGAAGCGGUCAACUUGCUCUCCGAAAUGCUCGUAUACGAUCCGAAGAAACGCGUGAAGCCGCUCGAGGCCAUUGCGCACCCGUUUUUCGACGAACUGCGACAGAAAGAUCUAAAGCUGCCAGACGACGUACCCGUACCUGCGCUAUUCAAUUUCACAUUGGAAGAACUAUCGGAUUUGGAUGUCAGUAUGCGCGAAAUUUUAGUACCGGCACACGAGCGAAACUCAACCAAUUGGCCAGUUUUAGAAGACGGCACGUGGCCUGAUGCGGCAGCUCGCAGCACCUAA